AUGUCGCCCAAUAUAUUCAGCAGGUUUCUACAUAGGAAGGACAAAUCAAAGGCCGUUCCGGAACCUCAGCGGCCAUCUCUCCCGAAGCUGAACCUGAUAAGUUCGGCAUUGGGAUCCCAGAUCCGUCGACUGAUGUCUAUCAAGAGGAGUCCUAGCCGAAGGCGAAGCACACUGUUAAAGCGAUCUAACCUGCAGAGGUCUAAGUUGAUUCUAGAUCAAGACGAUCAGCUGUUAUAUGAAAAUCUGCUGGGUGAUGAGCUGGCAGCGUCGUCAAUCCAUCAAGGUGAACGUGCAUUCGAUUACCAUCAUGCUCACGAGACUGUGAAGUUCCCAUCUUUGGAUCACUCAACUAUGAACAACGUUAGUGGGGCCGACAGUCCAGUCGCAGGAAUUACGUACGAACACUUCAUGUUCCCCAAUUAUGUCAAAGUUCAUCGUCGCCAUAAACAUCUGCCUAGGAUUCCAGAUCUUUUUUUGGCCCAAGAGCUCAAUUCCGAGGUGGCCAAACCUUUUGAGCUGCCACUGGAGGCUCUGUCAUUCCGGCUGAUGAGUGGUAGCGAUGAGAUGGAGUUGGAACACCCAAAUGAGAACUUAGUGAUGGCAUUCAGUAAAGAUGGUCAAUAUCUCGCUGCAGCUGGUCGUGAUCAUGUUGUGCGAGUCUGGAAGGUGUUGCUGUCCCCGUUAGCUCGUUUGGAACACCGUAACAAUAGCGCUAGCUAUUUGAAUCUCCCCAGUCGUGAAAUGCCGAUGUACGUUUCGGCGCCUGUCUUCCACUCAACGCCAGUGGCUCAAUUCCGCGGGCACACAGAGCUGAUCAUUUCAUUGGACUGGUCAAAAAACAAUUUCUUACUUACUGGUUCCAUGGAUAAAACUACUAAAUUAUGGCAUGUCGAAAGAUCCAAGUGUUUGCAAACAUUCCAGCUUCAAGACUUCGUGACUGCGGUCAAGUUUCAUCCUACUGAUGACCGCUUCUUCGCUCUGGGUUCCAUCGAUAACAAAUUGAUGCUAUGGCUGAUUCUUGAAGGGACAGUGAGUUAUGAACGCUUCCUUGACGAUAACAUCAUGAUUACUACACUCAGCUUCACUCCAGACGGAGAGAAUAUCAUCAUCGGGGGGUUCAACGGGACUUUAGUCUUGACGGAAACGAAAGGUUUGCAUACAGUUGCCCAAGUUGAAAUUAAGGAGAAGCUGCUCGUUAAAAUGGGCAAUCGAAAUGGUAACAAAAUCACGGGUAUUGAGAUUUUUGCACCACCGAAUGGUGUGAGUACUGAAUCCGAUGACCCUGCAGUAAAGUGGAACUUUUUGAUUACCACGAAUGACUCAAAGGUUCGGCUUGUCACCAAUCGAAAAUUGAUCACAAGAUUCCGUGGUCUUCACAAUGAAAGCUCUAGCAUUGUCGCUCUGACAUCGGAUGAUAGCCAGUACAUCAUUUCUGGUUCUGAGGACCAUUAUGUGUAUAUUUGGCUCAACGACAAUACCAUUGUCAAUAACAAGAUACGUCAAACACUCAAAGAAUUGGUACUCGAAGGUAAACAUCUUCAUCAUCGCCAUCAGCGACAACACCGCUUCUAUGAUAAGCUUGUGCUGGAUAAUGGUCUUGUGAAGAAACUCGUGCAUGGUGAAACUGGUGACGGAAAGUCCGGUUCGACUCCCAAUUACAUGGCCAAUGAGAAUUCGCUGUAUUCCCUGUUUCAUCCACACCAUCUGCGUGUAAACUCAGCAAUAUUUGCACCAAGCAAAACAAAACAACUAUUGGAAUUGAGUGAUGAUAUCAUUUACGAUUUGUACAAGCGUGGAUCGAUGUGCAAUUUUGAUAGUCUCAACCUGUUACAGCCACGGGGUCGUGAGGGUCAGCGGUACAGACUGCUGACAAUCACCAACCAAGGCCUCAUCAUCGUCACUACUGACCAAACGGGGCUCAUCAAAGUAUAUCGACAAGACAUUGCCUACCAUUACCGCAAGAAAUUCAUCGAGUUGUACAAGCAAUGCCAGCAACGCGGCGCUAAUGGCCAGCUAUGUGAGGAUAUGGGGUUGCUCCUGCCUUCUCAGCUGACGCUCUUCGAUAAUAACAAAGAAUUCAGAAAAUCUUUGAGCCUUCGAUCGAAACUGCCAACCAAUGAACUUCAAAAGCGGUUGUCCAGCAGACUUCGAUCGCGGUCUAACGGACUGACGACAAUCCCCAUGUCGCCACUGUUUCAACAUGUUUCACAAUUGAAUAGCAGUCGUGGCCGCGGCAACAUAACCCCAUGUGAGCGCCCAUCUCUGGCAUUAGAAGAUCCCUUCCAAGGGGCGGCUUCGCCGCCAACUGACUAUUUCGCUCAGGCACCUUUGAUUGAGCAGAAGUUCCACACAGCACCCCAGACCAGCAUUCCAAUCAUUGUCGGUCCCCAAGGGCAAUACUCUGCACCCGGCCAAAUAUUGAAACCUGAGGGGGACAAGCAAAUCACAGCGUGA